UCUCGUGUUGCAAUAACACAAUAUUGACGACUUAGUAACUCACUUAGUGAUUUCUAAUGUAAUAUCAAUGCCAUACCUGCAUCUGAUCAGCCUACAUUGACCACAGAUAUCGAGAAGCCUGGGUAGUGGUUUUAAGGAUCAUGUGUGGGAUAUGUUGUGUUUUACUGCGAGGAAAUAAUCAGGUCGGAAUAAUUUUCAGUCAUACAUAUCUCUGGUUACUCCAGCCUGCUAGAAAUUCAGCGGCGACACUCAUAUUGAUUGUGUCAGUGCUUGUACAAGAUUACAAAACCGAGGUCCAGAUUCAAGUUCACAGGCUGAUGUGAUAAUUGAUCAACAGAAUCAUCUGGUUUUCACUGGGCAUGUGCUGCACAUGAGAGGACCACUUACUCCUCAACCAGCGAGAAACAAACGAGGAUGUUGUCUGCUGUGGAAUGGAGAGAUUUUCGGGGGCUUGCAGGUCAGCGAGGAGGAAAAUGAUACAGCUUUGCUAUUGGAAAAAUUGUCAGAAAAGUCAGACGCGGAGCAUAUUCUGAGUACUUUGUCAAAAUUGCAUGGACCAUGGGCAUGCAUUUACUGGCAGGAAGAAAAGAAAACACUGUGGUUUGGAAGGGACUUUUUUGGAAGACGGAGCAUGUGUUGGCACUUGCCGAGAACUAGUGAAGAUUCUUUCAUUCUAACAUCAGUGCGACAAAACACAGAGGAAUUGCGAGAGGUUCCAUCCAUUGGGUUGUACUCGGUGACUUGGACGCAGACCGACUGUUUGAACGUAACUGUGUACAGCUGGACGGAUGCAGUGUGGCCAGGGACGAUGAAUCUCGUGACAAGUGACAACCUUCAGUCAGGACUCGCGGGGGACAUUGACUGCAAUGUGAAAUUUAACCUUCACUCUCAGUAUCAUCUUACCAGAAAUAUUCCACCAUUAAACAAAAGUAUCCCAGACCUUGAACUCUCCAAAAUCAUGAUUAAUGACCCAGAAUCAGUGAUUCGUAACUUGUUAGAGGAUGCCAGUUUUUGUUCCUGCGUGCAUCACCUCAUUCAUCUGCUUUUACAGAGUGUAACAGUCCGAGUGUUCAAUCAGAUUCUGUUGUCACAAAACGAACACAAAUAUGACAGUGAUCUGAAAGCAACAUCCAACCUCUCACAUCAUCAACCUGAUGAUGAAAAUCCAUUACGUGAUAGUGUAAAACCUGAAAUACAUAAAUGUUUGUCUGAUGGAUUGAGUGAUGUAAGACUACGACAUCCAGAAGGCGGAGUUAUGAGAGGCUGUGCCAAAAUUGCCGUUCUGUUUUCUGGUGGUGUGGACUCGGCAGUGUUAGCAGCCCUAGUGGACAAGUGUCUUCCAAGCCAAGAAUCUGUCGAUUUAAUCAAUGUCGCCUUUGAGAGGACUCCUCCACAGAAACAGAGAAAACCUAGCGAGGAGGAGAAAUGGAAUGUUCCAGAUCGACAGACUGGAUUUCAGGCUUUACAAGAACUUAAUCCAGACAGGAAAUGGAAUUUUGUUAUGGUGAAUGUAAGCAUAGCAGAAUUACAAAAACAAAGAUCUGAACACAUUCGUCAUCUGUUGUACCCCUUGGAGACAGUGCUGGAUGAUAGUAUUGGUUGUGCUGUGUGGUUUGCUGCCAGAGGGGAGGGAAUUCUUGGAAAUGGAGAGCAUGCUGGGAUUGAAUACAAAAGUAGUGCCAAGGUCGUACUCUGUGGUAUGGGGGCUGAUGAGCAGUUUGCUGGGUACUCACGACACAGAGGAAAAUUUGAAGAGUCGGGAUGGCAGGGCCUUGUUGAUGAAAUAAACAUGGAGAUUCAGAGAAUUUCAGCCAGAAAUCUCGGACGGGAUGACAGAGUUAUAACAGAUCAUGGCAAGGAGGCCAGAUUUCCAUUUCUUGAUGAAAACGUGGUGUCCUAUCUACAAACACUCCCUGUGCAAGUUAAGGCGAAUCUUUGUUACCCACGGGGUCUGGGGGAGAAGAUUCUCCUGAGGGCGUGUGCUGUUAAGCUGGGACUGACCAAAUCUGCUCUUUUUCCCAAAAGAGCUAUACAGUUUGGGUCCAGAAUAGCUAAAACUGAAAAUAACAAAGAAAAGGCAUCAGAGAAGUGUGCUCGGCUAGCAGAUCCUACAUGAAUUUGGCAUGAAAGAAGUGUGCUCGGCUAGCAGAUCCUACAUGAAUUUGGCAUGAAAGAAGUGUGCUCGGCUAGCAGAUCCUACAUGACUUUGUUCAGCCCUUCAGAGAGGCUAUAGGUCAACAGCUCAUUGUUCUACUACAGUGAUUUCGAAGAUGUGGGGCAAGAAGGGAACAAAGGUCAAAUCAUGUCAGGAAACAUGCACAAAAAUGACAAUUGUAUUUACUGAUAGAUUGUCUUUUUAUGAAUACUUUCUUUCAUUAAAAAAAACAUUUUUUCUA